UGCAGAAUCUCGAGAGCUUUCGAAUGGUAUGAAAAUUAUUUCUAUCAGACGAAAAUGAAAAAAGUUAUCGGCCAAAAUAUGAAUCGAGACUGAUACGGCGAUACUGAAACGUCCCCUUACCCUACAAAUUUUUUUUGAAAAUUUUUUUUUAUUUUUGUAUAAAAUUUUUUAUUUUUUUUUUCGAUUUUCUAAUUGAGUUUCCUGUUAAUUUUCUACUUUUUUAUUUACUUUAUAAAAAAAAUUUUUUUUUAAUUUUAGAAGAAAAAUGAAAAUUAAAAUUUUUAAAAGAAAAAGGCCUAAAGAAACUAAAGAACCUGAAAAUAAAAAAAGAACUAAGAAGGAAGCAUCACAGCAAAAAAUUGAUCAAAAUGGGAUGACUGGGACUUCAAAUUUAAGAGAAAAAGAAGAGCAAAUAAAUUCGGAUUUUUUCAGUGCCCAUUUUUGCAAAGAACAAUUGGAUGAUGAAAACAGUUCUCCUUUACUUAAACGUUUACUCGCUGGCCAUGCAUAUGCUCAAAAAGAAGAUAUUGAUAACCUCUUUGAAGAACAUUCUGCUUCAAUUUCUACUUGGGGGCAUUCUACUUCUAAUUUAACAAAACAAUUAAAAAUGGACGAUAUAAUCACUUUUAAACGCCUUCUGCGUCUCUACAAAAACAAGCUAGUUAGUAAAGAAAAAGAACAAAAUUUCCAAGAAAAUCUGUUUACAAAUUUUAUGGGGCGUUAUUUGGAUGUUUGUUGCUCUACUAGAGAAGACUGCACGGAGCUAAUUUGUCUGCAUUCCUUAAAUCAUUUAAUGAGAACUAGAAAUUUAAUUAUUGGAAAUAAACAAAGAUUACAGAAGGUGAAGGAUGAGGGUCUUGAACUAACCGACUCCUUAAUUGAAAAAUGUCGUGAUCAAGGCUUGUCGCGACCCAAAAUUCUCAUUUUGUGUCCUUUUCGAAAAUUUGCUCAUAAAAUAGUUUGUACAAUGAAAGAUUUGUUGUUUACACCUGAAGAAAAACCUUUCCUUCAAAAUUGGGCAAAAUUUGAUGAAGAAUAUGGAAAUGAGGAUGGAAAUAAAAUUAACGAGAAACGACAAGUUUCGGAUGAUUUUAAGGAAUUAAUGUCAGGAAAUGUAGACGAUUGUUUUCGAUUAGGUAUUGGAUUGGCUAAAAAAUGCUUAAAAUUAUACACAAAUUUUGAUGAGGUUUUUUUUAAUUUUUUUAAUUCAAAAAAAUUUUUUUAGUCGGAUAUUUUGUUGUGUUCCCCUUUGGGAAUUAAAAUGAUAAUUGGUGAAAAUGAGGGGGAGAGUAAAGAAGGAGAUUCAAGUAAAAAAGAUGUUGGUUCAAGUGAUUUUUUGGCGUCGAUUGAAAUUGUGAUAAUUGAAAGGGUUUGUUUUUCUUUUCUUUUUUUGGA